UUGAAAUAGGCGAAAAUGGCAAAAUAUUAUUGAAAUGUAAGACUUGCAAUAACGGAAUUACUUGAAAUGUUAGUGUUUCUGUAGAAAAACGUAUUAUUAUUUCACAUUGAGCUUGUUUAGAGGAGCCACAAACAAUAACAAGACAGCUGCUGCACUGGUGGUGUCCAUGUUCUUUCCGACUCGUAAUGCCCAAAGACAAACUGGAACACUACAAGCCAGGCAAUGACGUCACGUUCUCGUGGCAGAGCAACUCGGAUUCCGAGUUCACGAGACAAAUGGAAAGCAGCAUAUGUGCCGCAGCCAUGACAGUGAACGUGAACGCCGCUUUACGGCAGCUGCAUUUACGUCAGCCGGCCGGCGUACAGACAGUAAACAGACUAUGCCACGUGGCAAGUCCUUUCGUAGCUCUGAGGCUGCUCGGAGGAGAGAGGCAGAGCGCGAGAAGGUUAACGUGGAACCUCAGUGGCCCAAUCGCCGUGGCACUGGUACACGCUAUCGUGUGAGGAAAUGGCCAGUUUCAGUCACAGGCCGCCAACACAAGCUGGUCAUCCCAGCUGAGUCUCCUGAUAAGAAGUUUGUUCUUAUUGUAGGAGCGUCUCAACUGCGCUCCAUUGCAGACGGGAUCGUGCCGAUGCCACAGGGAAUGCUUUCCUUUGGUGUCAUGUCCACACCCGGGGCCUGUGCGUCCGACCUGAGGACUGAGUUACUUAACGCUGACGUACUUCGGACCCCGGACGCAGUCUGCAUCAUGGCCCCCAGCAACAACCUGACAGCCAGCCGGACCCCCCUUGAGGCAGGAGCUGACUUCCAGAAGCUCCUGUACAGUGCCCGCAGUCGUUGGCCCAACGUCUUUGUCUUGGACUUUGUGCCAUGUCUGACUGUUGAUCCUCAGCUACAAGAGUUCAUGCGUCAAGAGUUCCAUCGAGUGGCAGCAAGAAUGGGUAUCAAGUACUUCUCGUCUUCUGGCCACUUCCAUUUGAACAACGUGGACCUGUGGAGCCCAGAUGGUGUUCACUUGAGUGAUGGCGAAGGCAUGGUGGUCCUCGCUCGUUUGCUGUGGGCUGCAGCUUACGAGUCACUGGAGGCGCCUGUACCGAAACCGCAGGCCGCUCCCAGGAGAUCAUUGCCUGUUCGUCACAUCACUCCAAGGGUCGUUGUGAGGGGAGAGGUCAUUGUGCCUCGCCCCUCUAACCCUUAUGAGUGGACGUCUGUGGAGAGGGGCAGGAAGAGGAACGUACAGGUACCUGAGGAACCUGCACAGUCCUCUGGUGCACCGAAAAAGAUGAAGGUUCAACAGCAGUUUGUUGCUACUCCUGUCGCGCUGAAGGAGUGCUUCAUCCCGCUGAACCCCGUGAGGUUCAGCAGUUCCAUGUUGGCUGUCAUGGAUGCUGUUGUCCCUUCCUAUCUUCCUACCCCUGAGUACACCGCUGUUCCACAUGACGAAACAAAACCUGUCGUGGAACGUAGGCGGAAAGCUGUUGCCUGCAAGAGGAGACCUGCAAAGCGCCAGGUUGAGGCAACACCCAGUGUUGUGGAGGUGUGUCCCCGUCCCACACCUGCCAGUCCUGUGAAAGUGGUUGCUGCUGCUGCAGAGGCUCAGGUGACACCAUGCAUGGUGAACACAUCCCCAGAGCCUUCACCUGCCACGGCUGUGGAAGUGGUUGCUGUCAUAUCACACAUUUCACAAAUGUGUUUUAAAUGGCCCCGGUGACACCAGGCGUGGUGGAUGCCUUCCCAGAGCCAUCACCUGCCACAGCUGACGAGGAGGAAGUCAGCACACCAAGAUCUGUCAAAGAUGAGUAUGACGCUAACCCAAUUUCUUGCAGGUGUUUAGAAAACGAGCCAAUAGUACUAGUAGUUUCCGGUAAACUCAGAGCAGCACCAUUAACUCAGGAUGUAAAUGUAUCAAUAGCGGUAGUGCUGUAGCUGCGAUAAAACAUGUAAUUGCUCCGGUUUGUACAUGGCGAGGGAAAGAUAUUGAUGAUAUCUGUGCAGAAGGCAACAAGUUGGCCAGUUUAGUUGCUGAAGGAAGCCAGGACAGUGUUGAGAUUAAACUGUGUAAGUUGAUUGAACAGGGUAGUGUGUUUGGCAGGAAGUGGAAGGUAGACGUUACCUCGCCAGUGUACGGAGAUUUUGGGUUUUUGGAUAACGACAGUGUGAUGUAUGAACCGCUACAGGAAACUUUGCCGAGUGAUGGAAUGUGUUUGUUGAACCUCCAAGGUUCAGUCAGUGCGAUUAUUCAUCACAAUAAGUACUUUGUGGUAGUUGAUUCUGGGACUCGUGAUGCAUCUGGGCUGGCAUCUAAUUUUGGCAGAUAUGUAGCUGUUUUCAACACAUCCGUGCUUGACCUGAUGUAUCAUAUCAGACAUCUUAAGAGGUCUUUGGGUGCAGAGUGGUAUGGCAUUAGCAGCGUGUCUGUGAAGGCAGGUUUAGUUGAUCCUGACAUUGACAGUGCUACAUUGCUGACAGAUGUAGAUGUUGAUGUCACAGUUGCAACUGCAGCUGUAGUCGAGGGUGGCAGUUCAGAGUAAUGCAAGUUCUGUCAGGGGAUCUUUCCAUCAGGCAGAUCCUCGGUUUCAACACGCUGGAGUUCAGUGUAUGGCUAUCAGUUUGGUAGCAGUAGCAAAACACUCCAUUGAUAGCGUGUUUUCAUGGCAGACCAACAGUCUGGACAAGGUUGUUGUGUUAGGUAAUAAGCUCUACAAUACAUUGAGGGACAGUAAUGUGACCAGUGAGGUUUCGGAACUGCUUAGUGUUCCAGAUUUGCCCCGACAGUCUGUUAUUGAUGGACAGACAUUUGACUUUGAGUACGGGGAUUGUGUUUCUGGAUAUAUUGAUGUAGUGACAGGUGAUCUGAUUGAUGCUGGUGUAAUCACCAGUCUCAGAUCUGGAUUAGAUAAGAUGUUUAGUAAAUAUCACACAUGUUUUCUGACAUUGGGUGGAAAUACAUGUGCAAUCAUUGGUGAAGGUGGUCGUUUUGCUGUGGUUGAUUCGCAUGCGCGCAGUGCGGAUGGGAUAGUGGAUGGGGAAGGGAAAAGUGUUGUUGUGUAUUUCACUUGCCUAGAUGAUGUUUUUGGGCACAUCUGCAAAUUUGCAACAGCAUUAAAACCUCCCAAACAGUUUGAGAUUGCUGGUGUUUGUGUAAUCCCCAGAUGUCCAGUUCCACCCAGUAAUUCGUUAUCCGGUCCAAAGGUAGUAGUAGAACGCAGGGCAAGUCAGUCGGGUUGUAGUUUACCUGUUCAGCCAACGGUUGGCUGCACAAGUAUUAGGCGUAAAACAUCAAGUAGUGUGUCUUCAUCAAAUAAGUUAAAAAACAGUGAUUUUGCUGCAGUUGAUUCAGAUGUGGUUUUUGUAGCUGAUAUUGUGAGUGAAGGGCUCCAGUUUAAUCCACUUUGUGGGGAAGUUGUAGACAUUCUGUGCAAACGGUUAAAUGUUGAGUCAGAGAAAGUAGAUUUAGUUUCUACAGAAGUUGGUCCGUUGGGUGCUCCUUGUCUGAAGGAGAAAAUAGUUGGGGAUGGUAACUGUUUCUUUAGAGCAGUUAGUCAGGCUGUGUCACACAAAGUAUCACAGGAAAAUUAGACUUGCAUUAGUUAAGCAUUUGAAAGCUAAUGGUGGUAUUUUGAGAACUGAGUAUUCUUCAAUGGAGGAAUAUCUCAGUGUGUCAAACAUGGCCUAUGUCGGUAGUUGGGCCACUGAAGUGGAGAUUCAAGCAGCAGCAGAUUUUCUGGGAGUUAGUAUAUUCACUUACUGUGACAAUCGCUGGCUUGAAUAUAGUUGUAAGUACAGACCGUUGUCAAAUCAGGGAAUUUAUUUAGAAAAUUGCAAUGGUAACCAUUAUGAGACUGUUGUUUGUGUUCAGCAGCCAAACGUGCAGUCUUGCUAUGGGUAUUGCAAAGUGGGUGGGUCUAGGUACAAUUUCCGAGAGCGUAGUGUUUGUGCAGACACUUUGACUUCAGUUGCUUCGUCAAGUUGUAAAGCUAAAGUAGAAAUUAUUGAACAAAAUGUAAUGGAACAGCAGUGUAGUACAUUAUCUGUAAAAGCCCAAUCCCCAAAUAAGUACUUUGUAAGGAAAAAGAAGUUACAGAAACAAAUCAAAUAUCAGUAAAACAGGCAAACAUUUCUCGAAAAGAUGAAAAUGAAUUAUCAGGAAAAAAAUUGGUUCAAGUAAAAAUUGAAGGAAAUGAGUAAAAAUAAAUAUUGGACAAAUGUUUCACACAGGGACAGAGUAAAGAGAAUGAGUAGAACUAAAUAUCGGACAAAUGUUUCACACAGGGACAGAGUAAAGAAAUUGGGUACAAUAAAAUACCAGACAAAUCUUUCACACAGGGACAGAGUAAAGAGAAUGCGUACAAUAAAAUACCGUCAAAAUCUUCAGCAUAGGCAGCGUGUUAUUGCACGUACCAAAUUGAGGAUGCAAUGUAUAAAAGCAACAUUGAAUGAGUUUGAUUUAGUUAUGAAGCAGUUUUUGGCUAAAGUAAAUGAUGGCCCGGAUUUUGUCUGUUGUGUGUGCUUUAGAGGGUUGUUUCGUCAUCAAGUUUUAACUUGUAGAAGGAAGGAUUAUAGUAGAAGAAAAGAAAUCGGUUUAAUUGCAGAUAGAUGUAUUAGUGAAGAGUAUUUGCAUAAAUGUAGUACAGAUUGUGUAUUGCCAUGUCAGUGGUUAGAUACAGCUAGGGGUCAGUUGUGGAUUUGUUUCAGCUGUCACAAUAAAAUUAGUAGAGGUAUUACGCCACCUGAAUCUGCUUUAAAUAAUUUGGCAACGUGUUGUAUUCCACCAGAAUUGGCAUGCUUGAAUACUUUAGAGCAACAUUUAAUUGCGCUGCAUAUUCCAUUCAUGAAGCUACUGGUGUUGCCUAAAGGUGGGCAAAAUGGCGUCCAUGGGCCUGUAACGUGUGUUCCUGCUAAUAUUGUGCAGACGAGCAAUUUGCGGCCGUGGUUGGACAUGGAUGGAUCUUUGCUACCUGUCAAACUGAAGCGCAAGCUUACAUACAAAGGGCAUUAUGAGUACCAGUUUGUUAAUACUAUGCGCAUCAAGCAGGCUUUGCAGGAUUUGAAACAGACUAAUGUAUAUUAUAAGGAUGUAGAUUUUAAUGAAGUGUGGUUAAAUGAGUUUUGUAGGGAACAAGAGAGUGUGGCAGAACAGGAUAGUACAGCAGUAGAUGGUAAUGGUAAUGAUGACAGUAUUGCUGCUGCAGAGGAAGGUGAGCUUCUGCAUGACAGACAACAACAUUGUAUGUUUCAGGACACCUGUCUUAUGCCUGUUGACAUUGGUCAAGAAGCACUUGAUCAAUAUUUUGACUAAACUAAACAAUUAAAUUUAGCUCCAGCAGAAGGCAACACUCCUGUCAAGUUGUUGUCUGAUCAUUCAAAUGAAGCAAAAUGUUUCCCGGCGGGAUCUGGGACGUACCAUGACAGCAGACCUCAUCGCUUGACUUUGUGCCGUUAUUUUAAUAAUCGUAUUUUACAUGCUGAUAGUAGAUUUGCACAAAAUGUUGAUUAUAUCUUAUUUGCUCAGUACAUGUCUGAGGUUCAACAGGUUAUGUCAAAUGUAUCAAUAGCAAUACGGAAGGGAAAAGGAGGGCAAUUUAAAAAAAUAACCACUAAUGUAUUAAAUGAUGAGGAACAAUUAAAGCAGUUGUUGCAGUUUGAUGAUGGGUAUCGCUUUCUUAAACCUAUUAGAGGUACCCCAUCUUUUUGGCAGGGCGUGCAGCGGGAUUUGUUAGCUUGUGUUCGUCAGCUGGGGAUCCCAACGUGGUUUUGUUCUUUUUCUUCUGCUGAUAUGCGGUGGAAGAAUCUUUUGAAUAGCAUUUUGAAACAGGAAGGUAGGACAGAGACGGCCGAAGAGCUGGAGUGGGCAGAUAGAUGUGAACUUUUGCGGCGUUAUCCCAUUACUGCAGCGAUGAUGUUUGAUUUUCGCUGGCAUUGUUUUUUGAAAGAGGUUUUAAUGUCUCCAUCUAAUCCCAUUGGCAAAAUAAUAGAUUACUUCUAUAGGGUUGAAUUCCAGCAACGUGGUUCACCACAUGUUCACUGCCUGUUUUGGAUAGAAAAUGCGCCAAUAAUUGAUAAAAAUACUGAUGAAGAGGUAAUUCAAGACGAGGAGGAGGAUAAAACAUGCACAUGUCAGAAAGAGCACAAAAAUUGGCAGAUUGUGCAUGCAAAAUUAGGAAACAGAAAAAAUUAGAACAAAAAGCAAUGGCAGUGAACAUUACAACAAAAAUUAAAAUCGCCCUUUCAGAUGACAAUGCCAGUUUUGACAGUGUAGAGCAAUUGUUUAGUCAUUUACGCAUAAAUCAAAGGAUAUUUGAGAAAGUGUACAAUAUUUGCGCUAAGAUGACGCACGUUGUUUUAAGAAGGCAAGCUAAUGAGGUUUGGAUUAAUCAAUAUAGCAAACCACUUUUAAAAUAUUGGAAUGCGAAUAUUGAUAUCCAAUAUGUUGUUGACGCUUAUGCUUGUGUAGUGUACAUUAUUUCCUACAUUUCAAAAGCAGAGCGUGAGAUGGGAUUAUUAUUAGGGAAUGCACAAAGGGAAGCAGCUAGAGAGGGAAAUGGCAGUGCUAAAGACGCGCUUAAAAAUUUAGGAAGUGUGUAUUUACACAAUAGAGAUGUGUCUGCACAAGAGGCUGUCUACAGGUUGACUAGCAUGCGUCUGAAGGAGUGUUCUAGGAAAGUUGUUUUUGUUCCUGUCGGGGAUAGCACUGUUAAAAUGAGUUUGCCUUUAUCUGUGUUAAAACAAAAGGCAUCAUCACAUGACCUUACCACAGAUGAUAUGUGGAUGACUAGUUCUGUUGACAGAUAUAAGAAUAGGCCUUAAUGAUAUGUGUAUGGCAACAUUUGCCUCAGAGUAACGUGUUUUGAGCAAAUCCGAGAUGUCUGUCAACAGGAUAGAACUAGAGAACAGUUGUGGUUUCAUUUUGAAAAGAAUACGUUCCGAACCUGCAGUUGUUCGUUAUGCUCGCUUUUCAGAAACAAAGAGUUAUGCAGUUGUUCUUACCGUUUCGCACAGAUGUGCACCUGAAACCGCCAGGGUUCGCAACGUUUGAACAAUUCUAUAGUCAUGGUCAUGUGACAUUAAAUGAUGGAUUGCUGCAUUCAGUUAAGUCAAUUGUCGAUUCAAAUCGCAGCAGAUUUGAAAUCGAUGCUGAAGAGUUGGAUAAUAUCCAGAAUUCAGUUGACGCUGAUGCAGUUCUAGAAGACGCCUGGUGUGACCUCUGCCCGGAGCAAGAACAGGAGCGUCUACAGUGUUUGGAAGAACGUAGGGAGAGUGAACAACCUUCAGAUGAGCCUGUAGAAAGUAUUCCAGAUUUAGCAGUUAGUAAUAGAGAAGUUUCUCAUUUAAAGAAAAGGCAGAAUGUCCUGUGCAGAAGUGAUGGCUUGGCCUUAAUUAGAUCACUUAAUGAAACGCCAGCUGUCUAUAUUCUACCAGAUUAGACAGUGGUGUUUGAGUAAAGUUAAUGGUGAAAAAAUAGCUCCGUUGCGCGUUUUUGUUACAGGUGGUGCAGGGACAGGUAAAAGCCACUUAAUAAAGGCUAUUCAGUAUGAGGCAAUGAGGUUGUUGUCAAGAGGGUGUCGCAAUCCGGACGACAUUUGCGUUUUGCUAACUGCUCCUACGGGGAUAGCUGCACACAAUUUACAUGCAGGUGCUAUUCACACUUCAUUUGGCAUUGGUAAAGAUGUACGCUUGCCUUACACACCACUGGGUGAGGAAAAGCUCAAUUCUUUAUGUGCUAAAUAUAGUAACUUGCAGAUUUUGAUAAUUGAUGAAAUCUCCAUGGUUGAUCAUAAACUAUUGGCCUACAUCGAUGGACGUUUAAGACAAAUUAAACAGUGUGGUGACUAUUCCCCGUUUGGAUAUGUUAGCAUAAUUGCAGUUGGGGAUUUUUAUCAGUUGCCUCCAGUGAAAGGGAAAGCAUUGUAUUUAGAUGAUGAUCAGUGUUGGCUUGUGGACUCAGAUUGUAGAACUAAAAACUGUAGUCCGACAAAAAGAUGUUGUGUUUGCGGAGUUGUUGAACAGAGUGAGAACUCGUUCAAAAGGGACCCCAAUGCUGGAUUCGGAUGUCCAAUUACUAAAGCGUUGUGAAACCGGUGAAGUCAGCUCAGCUUUACACAUUUUUCCUACCAACAGACAAGUAAAUGAGCAAAACAGUUAUUCGAGAGUUGUCCUGAAUAUGUUAAGAUAGAGGCAAAAUAUUUAGUAAAUAGUAAGAAAACAGGCAAGCUUGAGUUGAAGGAAGGACAUCAUAGCAGAACAUAUGAUACAUGUCUGGAUGAGACCCUGCUUUUGGGAGUAGAUGCUCGUGUAAUGCUGUUAAAAAAUCUGGAUGUCGACAAUGGUUUUAGUGAACGGUGUGUGCGGCACAAUCACACAUAGUUUAUCCAGAUGAUGAUGAUAAGUUCCCACAGAUGAUUUAUGUUAAGUCUGAUGAUCAUCGGGUGGGAACACAAAGGAGGAAACGCUCAGCAUUUGCCUCCGCUGUUGAAAUAGGUUCCACGGGCAUUGAACCAGAAGAGGAAAGGGUGACUAAACAUGGUGGAUUACGUCGGCAAUUUCCGCUAAAGCUUGCCUGGGCUUGUACAGUCCAUAAAGUCCAAGGACUUACUGUAGAUAAAGCCGUAGUUUCGCUAAAGAAAAUCUUUGCAGCUGGUCAAGCAUAUGUGGCUUUAAGUCGAGUUAGAGGUUUGUCUGGUUUAGUUAUUCAGGAUUUUGACGAGAAAGCCAUAUACUGCAAAGACAACAUUCAGGAUGCAAUUGCAACAAUGCCUCCCUUCUUGGCGACACAGGCACAGAUUACAGGUUGUAAUUUCACUACACCACCUUUUAAUGUGUUUUUGACCAAUGUGCAAAAUUUGACUCAACAUGUAACUGAUUUGGCUUUGUGUACACAGCAUCUGCAGCUUAACUGUAUUGCUGUUACUGAAACAUGGCUGCCUGCAGUUUCCUCAUUGGAGACUGUAAAAAUGGAUGGUUAUGCUUUUCACAAUCAUCCAAGGAGUUUGUCCUACAAUAGCAGCAACCCCUUUUUCAACAAGCAACAACAGAAAAGGGCACAUUAAUUGAUCAUGUGUAUGUGAAAACAUCACAUUAUGAUGUACAGUCUGUUGUCUUGCCCACAUAUUUCAGUGACCAUGAAGGGAUUAUAUGUUCUUUUACAUCUAGGAGUUUGGAACAGGGACAACUUGAAUAACUGUAAAAUGUGUUUUAUGGAAUCUUUUAAAUUAAUAUAUAAUGUGUACAUAAUAAUUUAUAUUUAUGAAUUUUGUAAUCUUAAUUUAUAAUAAUGUAGUAAUGUGUGUUAAGGUUUCUUUUCCUGCAUUACAACAGCAUUUAUUAAUAAAUAUCUCAAACAUUAACCACUCAAAACUGCACAAACUGCAAAGUUAUCCACAAUUGGCUAAAAACGUAAAGUACAAUUAUGCCAUGAAAUGCUGGCACUUCUAUGCUGUUGCUAGUUUUGCUUUACCUUCAUGUAGUGUCAGAAAGCAAAAGAUACUGGUAAUGGUACUCCUGGUUUACUGGGAUGGGGUUCAAUUCCCUGCGGUGUCCUGCUGAUUUUUUUUUACAUUUACAUCAAAGCCCAUAUUUGUAACUCAAAACUAUAUAUAAAAAUCCUAAAUGUCAUGUUACUAACGUGUGCUUCUUCCCUGCAGUUUUUGUGCCUUUUUGUCUAACAGAUUCUCAUGGAUACUGGUUGUGCCUGCUGCUGUGAUCCUGCUUGACACCCACUGCUAAUAUUAUUGUUAUUAUCAUCAUAUUUUUUUAUGGCUGUUUAUGUUGUCAUUUUCAUCAGCGUUAUCAUUAUUACUCAUACUAUUAUAGUUGUUAUUGUUACUAUUGCUGUUGCUAUGCAUCUCUUUCUCUCUCAGUAUAGAUCUUUCUGUCUGUACCUGAGAGACAUACUCUAUUUAAACUUGUCAGUCUGUGAUAACUAUUAUGAUGUUGCAAUAUACAAAUAGAAUUCAAUUGAAAUUCAAUUGGUUUUGGUUUCUGUUCCUACAUGACAACUCCAUUUAUAACAGUACAAAUUACAUAGUUAUCCAAAUUUGUAUUCUGUAAUAUUAAAUGCUGUCUCUUAUAUGCUGUUGCUUAUUCAGGUUUUCCCAUACCUUCCUUUGUUUAGGCAUUUACAUGAAAUUUUACACUAGUAAUGGGUUAUGUACUUCCUGUUACUACUACCACUACUGUUUGGUUAUUGGUCCAAGAGGCCUUUUUGCUUGUCUGAUCAUGGCACAUGUGAGUACCAAUUUUGGUGGAGAUUGGAUAAAGUACACUGUAAUUAUGACAACUUCCAGUUGCCACUAGGUGGCGCUAUCACUAUUACUGAAUAUGAUCACAUAGAUGUGACUUAUAAAUAAAUAUAUCAACCAUA